AUGCAAGGACUGUGGGAUUUAUUAUAUGAUGAAGAUGAUGAGGAAAUGGAACAAGGCGAGAGAGUUCCAAGAGUUUUGCGAGUACGACAUAUGUUUAGACCGCGCAUCAAUUAUUUUGAGGAAUUAGAUGAAAAAAGAUUUGUUUAUCGUUUCCGACUAUCAAAGCAAAGUGUUAUUAUGUUGCUCAAUAGGAUUCAGCAUCGAUUAGAGCAUGUUACUAACUGCAAUAAUGCCAUUUCUCCAAUGGUUCAGUUACUGGUUGCACUGAGAUUCUACGCAACUGGAUCACUUUUUGUCACAAUGGCAGAUUUUUGUGGAAUAAGUAAAAUGUCAGCUUGUAGGAUUGUGCAUCGCGUUUCCCCAGUAAUUGCAAGUUUGAGUGAGGAUUUCAUUAGAUUUCCUGCACAGCCUGAUCAAAUACGCCAAGCUCAAAGGGAAUUUUUUGAAAUUUCCGGCUGUAUUAAAGUCAUAGGAGCUAUACAUUGUGGAGAAAACGCAGAGUUACAUCGAAAUAGAAAGGGCUAUUUUUCAAUAAAUGUGCAAGCUAUAGUAAAUGCACGAUUAGAAAUUAUUGACAUUGUAGCGCGCUGGCCUGGAGCGACUCACGACUCCACCAUAUUCGAUAAUUCACGUAUAAAAGCUUCAUUUGAAGCUGGAAGAUUUGGUGAUGGAAUUUUACUUGGAGAUUCCGGUUACCCAAAUCUGCCCUAUCUCAUGACACCUCUGAAUAAUCCAGCGACAGCUUCGGAACAAUUAUAUAAUGAAGCUCAAAUUCGCACACGGUGUGUAGUAGAACGCGCAUUCGGCAUAUGGAGUCGACAAUUUGCCGUACUCAAUAUUUGUUCUCGUUUCUCUACUGUUGAACGAACAUUAGCAGUAAUUGUAGCGACCGCGGUACUACAUAAUAUCGCAAGGCAAGCUAGGCCGCCGAAUCCGCUGAUUAAUGGAGUUAUAUACGAUGAGAUACCACAGAUUCGUGAUAUAGAUUUGCAUGGCGAAAGGAAUGUGAGAGAACAUAUGAUAAACAAUUAUUUCCAUAGCUUAUUAUAAUGAAUAAUAAACGGAGACGCAGUCAUAUAGAAAACCUGUCGACUUAAAUUAUCUGGUUCUGGAGUACAGAUAUGCAUAUACUGUGAGGGAGCGCCGGUCCAACCGCGAGGUUAACGGAGACGGCGGGGGAAAAGGGAAUGUCAGGAUGACAGCGGAGGAGGACGGAAUCUCUGAGCCGGUAGCAAUAAGGCACAGUCUGGGUCAAAAGCACUUUAAUUCACACGCGGUGGUACAGUGGACAACUUGGACGACGGCACGUCCGGCGGCUUUGGCGGUCCAGACACAAAGGCCUGGAAUCGUUAGGCCCUCUCCGGUACGAGAGGGGGAAGGUCAGGUUCACGUGAUAGGCGGGAGCCAAUCAGGGCUCGCGCCUCGUUGCUAACUCAAGCGGCCAAUACCGAGCGUAGUAGCCGCUGCGCACGCACGUAACGCUAAAAUGGCGGCGACGACAGGAGCCGCGCGAGGUUUGAAUAGGGCCGUGUACCCUUACAGCUCGGCCAUUCUGCGGUAACACUCGUCUCGAGUGAUCUGUACUGAGGCGUUGCUAAUUUAAACGCCUAAGCUAAAAUAAAAUGUAAUCUUUACAUAUGAAAAUUAUAUUACUCUUGUUCGGCAACCAUCGCAGGUUGAGACCUAAAGUUAAAACAAAAUAUAAGGCGACAUACAUCUAAAUCGCAUAAACAAGUCAAAAUCACAGCGAGAUUGCUCGAAUCUUUGGCGCAAAUAUCACAAAGUAAAAUUAUAAUAGUGAGUUCACAGGGAUUAAUACUGGAAUGCUUCGGCAGAUACCACAAAUGAGUUGUUUAACUUAAAUAUGAAAAGAAGUAAAAUAUAUUAAUUGACCGAAAAAUCGCAAAUUGA